AUGGCUACACCAUCGGCAGAAAGCUCGAAGCGGGCAAACACGGUUGUGGAGGAUGAACCGUUGAAUUUGAGGAUAGGACAGUACACCCGGCUAAAUGAGAUUGGCCGUGGAAGCUUUGCAACAGUCUACCGGGGUACUCACAAUGAAUAUAACACUUUUGUUGCCGUCAAGUCUGUCACACUGGUUCGCCUUACCAGGAAACUGAGAGACAACCUGAAGCUAGAGAUUGAUAUCCUUAAGAGCCUGCACCACCCACAUAUCGUUGCUCUUAUAGAUUGCUAUGAGACAGCAUCACACAUGCAUAUCGUCAUGGAGUUCUGCAUGCUAGGCGACCUCUCGCGCUUCAUCAAGAAACGAAACUCCAUGGCCAAACACGAGCUGCUCCGAGAUAUGAUGGCCAAAUAUCCAAACCCUCCCGGAGACGGCCUUCACGACGUUGUUGUUCGUCAUUUCCUAAAACAGCUUGCCAGUGCUCUCCAGUUCCUCAGAGCCAAGGACCUGAUACAUCGUGAUGUCAAGCCUCAGAACCUACUCCUUCACCCUUCUCCCAUCAUCUGCUCAAAGACCCUGCUGCAAUCCGUCUCCUACAAGGGAAGCGAGGACUCGUUUACUCCUAUUGCCGGAGUUUCAUCAUUUCCCAUGCUUAAAAUAGCAGACUUUGGAUUUGCGCGUUCCUUGCCAUCAACAUCACUCGCCGAUACCCUCUGCGGAUCGCCACUAUACAUGGCCCCGGAGAUAUUGCGGUACGAGAAAUAUGACGCCAAAGCCGAUCUAUGGUCUGUGGGCGCGGUCCUUUACGAGAUGGUUGUUGGAAAACCACCUUUCAGAGCUGCUAAUCACAUCGAGUUGCUACAAAAGAUCCAGAUGGCAAAGGACCGGAUACGGUUUCCACGGGACCUGGAAGUAGCUAGCGACAUGAAACGGUUGAUUCGCAGCUUGCUAAAAUGCAGCCCCGUCGACAGAAUCUCGUUUCCAGAGUUUUUCGAAAGUCCGGUUAUCGAGUGUGACAUUCCUGGCCUGGUAGGAGAAGAUUUGGAGGAACAGAUGAUGCGGAACGCUGCACGCGAGAGAGAGCGAUUUGAAAGUGAAGCUUUGGACCCUGAGGGCCUUGAACAGGAGGUUCCGGAACAGCUAGAUGUCCAGGAUAUGGACGAAGAGGUUGCUGCUCCAUCCACCGAGAACGCGCCAGCUCCCGAUAUGGGGCCUAUCAAAACCCGGCCGGGUCCUCAGCCGAUAGUAGAACGAGGUUUGCGGACAAGCUCUGGUAUAAGUCGAGCAGAAGGCCGGGAGAAACACGACAAUGCAGUAAACCAUCAUAGUGAAGGCACUCCUGUACCGACGUCAACCAAAUAUGACCGGCCUGUUGUCAGUGAACCUGCAGUGCAACAGCAGCGGAGCAAUAACCCACAUUCUUCCAGAUCUUCGCUCACAGAACAGAUCUCUGGCCCCUCACAGAGCCCUCGUCCAAAGCACAAGCAACUGUCAGACAUAGAAAAAGAACGUGCUGCCCAAGACAUUGCCUUUGAACGAGACUACGUUGUAGUGGAAAAACGCGCCGUCGAAGUAAAUGCUUUUGCCGACGAGCUUGCAGCAAGCCCACGGCUCCAACAGCAACAACUAAGCUCACGUCAGGCUGGCGCUAUCGUUCGUCGUGCUACAACAACAGCUACUCCUCAUUCUCUCAAGACCAAACAAAUUGCCCCGCGAGAUCCCCAAGACAAACAAACUAAACCGCGAGCCGAUUCUACGCACAACCGACGCUAUUCAUAUGAUAGGAGAUAUGGCCCCAACCCAAGCUCUGCCACAUCUGCCAUCUCCAAAGCUCUCAACAUGGCUAGCGGAAGACUUUUUGGCGUUAGCUUUUCUCCACCUGCGGCGCUGACGAAAGGUGGUCGGUCUCCACCACUGGGAUAUAAUCCGUUUCCAUCAUACCCCAUUGCGCAGAGCAGCUUGAUAGUUGUUGGUGACGAGAAACCCCAGCAUUUGAGCCAUGACUCCAAGACUGUGCAUAUUAUCGAGGAGUGUGCUACGCGGAGUGACGUAGUUUAUGGAUUUGCUGAAGUUAAAUAUAAGCAAUUGAUCCCAGCUGCUCCAUCGACACGAUCGGAAUCUACUAUCAAGCAAGCUGAUUUUCAAGAGCAUCCUGACGACGGCCUCACGAUCGAUGCAGUACUUAUCCUCUCUGAAGAAGCUCUUGUUCUAUAUGUCAAGUCUCUAUCCAUUCUAGCAAAGGCUAUGGAUAUUGCAGGUGCAUGGUGGGCUCGUAAGAACCGUGAAGAGAGCCCAGGUAACGGCUUUACCACCAAAACAGAGAGGGACAUCGCUAUCAGUAGCCGAAUUAAUAACGUUGUCCAGUGGGUUCGAACCCGUUUCAACGAAGUACUGCAGAAAGCCGAAUAUUCCCGUCGACGACUGCUGGAAGCCCAGAAACAAUUACCCCCCGACCACCCAUAUCGCAUGUCUCACGAGCUAGGCGAGUCUGAGAGCCUCUCGAGCUUUGACCAGUCCGCCGACCAGGUUGUGAUCAGCUCCGGCAUCACUGCAGAAAAACUCAUGUACGACAGAGCACUAGAAAUGAGUCGAACGGCCGCUAUCAAUGAGUUGACCGGCGAAGAUCUAUCUAGCUGCGAAAUAGCGUAUGUUACGGCAAUCAGAAUGCUCGAGGCCGUGCUAGAGAGCGAAGAUGCUUCACGAUCAUCUAAAGAGCGAGGAGCAGCAGACGGGAGUAGUUCGACUGAACACCGUAUGGAAGACAGCCAUAUCCAAGGAGAGGAUUGUGAAGUUGUGGCCAAACUGGUAGAAAGUAUUCGUGCUCGUCUGAGAGCUCUCCGAAAGAAGAUGUCGAUGAUGGCAAAACGGACCUCAGCGCCUCCAGCUGUCCUCUCGCCAAAACUUCCACCGGCAUCACCAGUCAUGGCCCACUCUCCAUCCAGAUAA